CUCUACUCUGCUACUAGUAUUCCUCUACUCGACGCCACUUUUCUUGAGAACUAGCAUAUCUAAUAACUAUAAUUCCUCUCCCAUAACCACGAAUCUCUAAACCCAAUAUACGUCCCCCCGAACAUCUCCACCACAUUCACUGCGUCAUUGAUCUUUCUUUGGUUGCCACUUGCGAUGAUUCAGUGGUUCACACCAAUCUUACGCCAUACACCUCUCUAUCUCUAAACAUUCGCUCAUUGCCAUUGUUUGAAUAAUAAUAACACAACAUUAUCCAUCUCUUCACCACGACAUUCCUUUUCUACUUCUCUCGCCAUCCCUUUCUCUCUGACCCCUUUCCUCCACCAUCAUCACCACCACCACCACCAACCACAACUAUCCUUUUUCUCUCGAGACCUCGUGAUUUCCAACCCAAUAUGGCUACUCACGUUCUCACCGCCACCACUACUCCCACUCCUACCAACCAGAUUUCCGUCUACGGUCAUCCUUCUCCUAUCAAUACGGCCAAUAGCUCGCCGACCUCGCCUCGUCAACAGUUUCUCCCUUUGCAGACCCGCCAGUUGCGUCCUCCCAAGGGCCCUCUGUAUGUGCCGGCGGCCUUACGCCCGACCGAGCGUCCUUCGAAACCUUCUCCCCCUACUCCCCCUCGCAGUGUCCAUGGUUCUCUCGACAGUUUGAAUGACGGGAGCGAGGAAAUUCAACCCGCCCUCACUCGUCGGUCCACCAUCGAGAGUGCCGCGAGCGGGGGCAUCAGCAAGUUAGCCGAGAACGAGUGGAUGAAGACCGAGCAGCUUGGCGAAGUCACUGGUCUACCGACCAGAGAUCACUGGAAGGCGGACUCUGCAUCCCCCAACUGUGACUCUCCCACCUGUCGCUCCUCGUUCGGCCUCUUCCUGCGCCGUCAUCACUGCCGCCACUGCGGUCAUGUGUUCUGUUCCUCUCACACUCCUCAUGUCGUCCCUCUCGACCAGGACGCUCGCUUCCAUCCGGAGGGCGUGUCCUCUCGGGCCUGCGACCUCUGCUGGCACGCAUAUCAACGCUGGGAGGAGUCGCGCACGGAGCGUCUCAGCAAGAUCCAGAGUGUGAUUGACGCACAGCACCAGAAGACCGAGGAAGUGGCCGAAGAGACGACCGAGCACGUCGACAACGUGGCGGACGAGGAGUCCAAGAAGGCACUCACUGCGAUGCUGGGCCAGAGCACCGAGAUUGCCGCCAGUAUCCCUCGCGGCUGGAACUGGAGCACUUUCUAACUUAACUCAUUGACCUCGAUACACCUGAAAACGAUGCGUCCUUGUGCCAUCGAUCGUACUUUACCUGACCUACUCUGCCUUCGUGCAGCAGACUUGCUUUACAUACACGCGCUCUAGAACAUAUUUGCUUUCGGCCCUCGGGCCAUCUGGGUUUUUAGCAUUUUCGGUUCUUCUGUUCGGAGUUUGGCUGGUACUUUU